CCAAGUGACAGGUAUUUUUAGUUGCGCAUAAUAAUAAAAAGUUUCGCUGUGAAUUCCUUCAUUCCUGCGUCUGGAAUGUUGGGCUUUUUCGAGAUUUUAGCUACAAUGUAGCUAGUAGAACGAUGGAGUUCCUAAGCAAACCUAUGUCCGAGGUUUGGAAAAGCACAAAACAGACAUUUUCGGAGAUAAUGGAUUUAGACGAUAGCGUGAUCGGCAGACGACAGACACCACAGGCGGGUAGCACGGCGAAUGGGACGGGUAGUUCACCCACUGAUGCCGGGGGAACAACAGGCUCUGUGGACCAUAAAGAGGGUGGGACACAUAGUACUGGACACGGCAGUGGACUGUCCCCCGACAUGCUGGAUGCCAAGCUGACGCAAGUGCAAGAUUCCACCAUGGAAAAUCACAGCCAAGUAAAGCUCCCUCGGAGAGAGAAAAACCAAUCAUCACGAAAUUCCACUUCCAAAACAAAAAGACCAGUAAGUGAAGAUAUUUAUAAUAAGAAAAUGGAUGAAGAAACUGCCCAGUCUUCAUCAACAACAUUUAAUCCCAAGCAGAACUCUCGACACUCACUCAGUAAUCCCUUUGGUAAAAUUAAUUUCCGAAGUUUAAAUGUGAUGAACCUGACAAAAUCUGAACCAUCAAACAAAAAGACAAACCAUCAUAGUACGAGUACGAGUUCAAAGAUUGGUGCAAGCACACCUACAGGAAUGGUUCGAGUAAGCAGAGAAAUGAAACCUGUGAUAAAAACUUCCUCGAGCUUAGAGCCGCCAGAGGGUGGUGAGAAAUCAAUGCGGAAACAUAGGACUCACAGUCAUAGCAAAUCCAAUCCAGGGUUUUCGGAGGGGGGCUUGCAUUUUCGCAGCAACUCGACAGACCGGGCUUCGGUGAUGAAGCUCCGAGAGAAAAAGGGACACUCCUAUCACAGAUCAGCGUCUGACGAGGGAGCGCUGUCUGACCAAGGCACACAGCGAGACGAUGGGGAGGAUUCUGAUGACCUCUCAACGGAGAAAGUGAAAACCAAGUUUUUAUCCAUGUGGAACAAUAUGAAAUAUGGUUGGACUGUCAAGACAAGAACAGCAUUCAGUCUCGCGAAGCCGAUCUGGAUCUUUGGGAAGACGUUUAUGCACAGGCCUGAAGAUUUAGAAGAUGAGCGUCUAGUACCUGGCCUGGAUACAGUCAAGUCACCUGCCAUGGAGCUCUUCAAGAGAGAAUUCUCCUCCUUAAUCUGGCUGACCUACAGAAGGGAGUUCCCCCAAUUAGCUGGAUCCUCGUACACCACGGACUGUGGGUGGGGUUGUAUGCUCCGUAGUGGUCAGAUGAUGCUUGCGCAGGCUCUGGUGCAACAUUUCCUUGGUAGAGAGUGGAACUACUACAAUGAGCAGACGACUCAGGAGCAACGUUUCCAUCAUGAGAUUGUCAGAUGGUUUGGUGAUCAACCUGAUGACAUGAGUCCAUUCUCAUUACAUAGACUGGUUGAGCUUGGAAGGAGCACUGGCAAGAAAGCUGGGGAUUGGUACGGCCCAGCGUCUGUGGCACAUAUUUUCAAGGAAGCUAUGGAUAAAGCAACAGAGCUGAACCCACUGCUAGAGCAAGUCUCUGUCUAUGUCGCUCAAGACUGUACAAUAUACAAGCAAGAUGUUCUAGACCUGUGCAAGAGGAAACGUCCAUGUUCGUUGCAGCCUGUUUACAGUGACCAAGAAUCAACAUCAUCCUCCCCCAUAUCACCCUCUACCCUAUCCCCCAACAUUCCAAACCGCACGCCCUCCCCAACCACUUCCUUCCGUACCCCUAUUCCGCAGACUGUGGAAGCCUCAGUGAACACGUCUACUCACUCGGCUGUUGUCCACAGUCCAAUGCCUCACUCCCCAGUGAAUACCAGUAUCAUAGUCAACGGAAGGACUGAGGAAGUAGUUGAGUCACAUCAGCGCAACGGCAAGCGUCCGGCCCACACUCACACCACAAGAAACAGUGAUGUUAACGGAACUCAUACCAAAGUUCUAGACCCACCACCGGACUACCCCAGUUGUUGUACUGCCUCAAACACAAACCAAACCAAGAGAAAACCAACAAGCCCUCCUGUAGUCUCCCCAAAACCAAAUCGCCAUUUGCUUCGGAAUAGGAACGGCCAUGAACAAUCACCCCAGGGGGGAGAUGACACUAGGUUGAAUGUCCACCAAGGUGCCAGUCACAAUCCAACUGAUGAGGUCAAACCGUCUGUGGAAAAUACAAGUACCUCACCCAAAGUGGUGAAACCGUCUGUGGACGUUACACGUACACCACCCAAAGAGGUGACAUUGAGGACUGAGAGGUCACCGUGGUGUGCCGUGGUAAUCCUCGUGCCUGUUAGGCUCGGUGGUGAUGAAGUGAACCCAAUCUAUGUGAAUUCCAUUCAGAAACUAUUCACUUUGGACUGCUGUAUUGGGAUAAUGGGCGGACGGCCGAGGCAUUCACUGUACUAUGUUGGAUUCCAAGAAGAGAAGUUGAUUCAUCUGGAUCCACACUACUGCCAGCCAUUUGUAGAUAUGAGAACCAGGGAAUUCUCACUCAGUUCGUUUCAUUGUAUGUCACCAAGAAAGAUGGCCAUUUCAAAGAUGGAUCCAAGUUGUACUGUCGGUUUCUACUUACGCACGGAGGAGGACUUCCAUAGAUUCUGUGAAAUUAUUCCAGAGAUUGUCCAGUCCCCCAGCUUAAGUGGCACAUCAGGGGACUACCCCAUGUUCAUUCUGCGUGACGGUAAGUGUCAAGACUGGAACAGCCAGCAUGCCAUCGACACGGACAAACCAGAACGCUACCUGAGGGUGCGACAUGUCGACCACAACGGCCAACUCAUCGCACCGGUUCGAGAGACUGAAGACUUUGUAUUCUUAGACUCCUGAUGAGAUACAAAGGGUCUGGGGUCGAUUUCAUAAAAAGUUUGGAGAUAUUAAAAGCGUAUGGGUAGUCCUAAGUUAGGACGAGUAACUCGUCCUAAGUCAAGAUAAGCCUAGUCUUAACUCUUUGUGAAAUCCACCCCUGGGUACUUUUUGUAUGACACAAAGCACAUUGUCCACAGGUUUAAGUUAAACUUACACAGUUUAAAGAUAAAGAUGGUAGAAAGCUUCCCUUAAAAAAUAUAACUUAAUGAUGUGCUA